AUGGAUAAACGAUCAGAUUCUCCUCCUCCCCCCCCUCCGGCUUGUCCUCCCUCUCCUCCCCCUCCCCCUCCGGCUUGUCCUCCCCCUCCAGAUACCGAUUAUGGCAACUUAGGUGAAUUUAAACGCAGCCUUUUGCCUUUACCAGGUACGCCUGAGGACCGUAACGCUGCAUUUCGCCAAAACAGGUACUACGGCUUUAAAGCUCUUGGCAUCAGCCAGGCUCGUGGUGGCUGGGGUGCUUCGAGACCAGAUGUCUGGAAUGGACCUAGAGCGGAUGUCCGCUGGCCAACCUGCCUUAUCUCCAAGAGGCUUGAAUUUGUCUCCUUUCGAGGGUUGGAUAAGCCUCUUUGGGAUAAGAUUCUAUCUUACCUCCCGCAGAGGUCCCUCAUGAGGUUCAGUCUUGUCUCGCGAGCCAGCCGCUUUUUAGCAGUCAAGUCUCUCUUCGAGUUUGCCGUAAUUACGCCAGUCUCAGUCCAGGGCUUCAAAAGGGAGAGUCCUCAUCUCCGUCGGUUCCUUAAGCAUAUCAAAAUUGAGUUGACUGAUAUGCGGUGGGCGCAUCACUUCUUCUUCGAGAUCAAAGAAUACCCCCAUGUGACUAGAUUAGAGUUGCACUUUAUCCUCCACCCUUGGGUCGAAGCUACCACGAUCAUUGGAUCUCUCCGUGAGCUGUCUAGGGCCAAGUUUUUUCAAUGCUUGACCCACCUCACUCUGAGAUUCGAAUACAAGGAAAAGACGCCAUGGGGGCAUCAUAACUGGUACCUUAAGCUACCUAAAGAUCAGCAAGACUUUUUCGGUGACCCUGUUACAACAGCGCAGGCGAGUAAUUUAAUCGGGCUCUCAAUUCCUGCUCCUCCAGAACUCAAAUUUGCUACCAUCAAAGUUGAUGAAGGUCUAGGCUCGGCAGGAAUCUACUACAAAUUCCUUUCCAUGGCUCCAAAACUCAGCUAUCUUGAUAUUGAGGAGUGGAUGCCUCCAUCAAAGUUUUUGAGCACGGAGCCGGCUAUGUUUCCUAACGUCUCGCGACUCCGAAUUGGGUUGAAAGAGUACACCGAUUCUCUUCCAUCCAUUCUAGAAAAAGUUGUGGAGAAUUUCCCAAACUUGCAUCGUCUUCAAAUUGAUGGCUUCGGCCACUGGUGGGGUUACGCCCUUCGAGGUGAUUGCGUCUACUCAUCCAGUUUAGAUCCCAUCAUAAAGUUGAAAAAAUUGAGGGAUCUGGUCCUACCGUGCCCUCCCGUUCUGGGACCGAAUAAAGCCGACAUGAAGUCUAUCGAUGCUAUCUAUCGCCUCUGCCCAAAGGAACUCAACGAGCUGAUGGAUAAGUGGUACAAGUCCGGUGUCAGACUGACAUCAGCUAUCUUCGAUGGGUUUUUCAUUCACCCUAGGGGAACUGUUCCAGACGUCGAAUACUUCGAACUCUCCUGCUUCCUUGAAACGAAGCAGUUCGUCAAAUGGACACACCAAGCUAGGCCUUCCGAAGUCGAUCCCCUUACGGUCCACGGCAAAGUUCCCUGCAGCACUGGAUCCGGGAGCCCCUUGGAAGAAAACUACAAAACCCCAUCCUCUGGUUCUUUCAGCAAUCUUUCAAUUUCUUCAUUAUCAUCCCCUCCUGUUUCGUCAUUCAUUCCUCGAUAUUCCUACAACAAAAUGUCACUCCCAACACAUCUCUCAACUUUACCACCAGAGCUUUUCGAAUCGAUAUUGUUACACCUAGACAUAACCACAAUCAAAUAUUUUUCUCAAUGCUCACAGUUCUUUCACGAUGUUUCUCUCCCAUUUCUUUUUUAUUCCUCAGUGUUAUCCCGUGAAAAAGUGCAAUUGUUCAAAAGAGGUGGUCUUCUCGGUCAGCGAGUCCAACAUCUUCGCCAUCUUAAAUUACGUCUUGAGCUACAAUCUAUCCAACCGGGGUUCACGGAUUCCCUCGCAGAAGUUCUCACGGAACUUCACAUCUUCCCAGCUGUCAACAAAUUGUCGGUUACACUCAUAGCCCAUAGGGAUGCAGAAACUACUCUGUUCCUAACGGCUUUCAAGUGGAUUUCGAAAUGCCCGUUCUAUCAUAAUGUCAGAUUUCUCUCCCUAGAGGCUGAAAUAUGUGACACCCAGAUUUCGGCACAAGACCGAAAGGAUUGGUAUUCGAGAUCCCAACAACGGGACCAACUCUUUCUCGGAGGGGUAGUUCAACCCGGAGAAGUCAUCGAUAUCACUCCUCCUAUGAGCCUACAAGAGGCGGCUGUCAGUAUCUCUCCUCAGAGAAUAGGAAAACAGUUACCAUAUUAUCAAUUCCUAUCCCAAGCUAGCAGGCUGAACAGGAUGGUAAUCACCGAACCCGUUACCUUUCCAAAAGAUUUCGAGGAUGAAGAGGAAGGACGAAAAUGGAGCUCUUGUGUGCCAAAACCGACCACAGAGCCCACGGUUCCUAAUGCCAUCUUUUAUGGCGUUAGGUUCCUCAGCAUAAAAAUAACCGGUUAUCCGUUUGGCGGAAAACUCAAAUACCUAGCUGAAUGCUUCCCAAACCUUGAAGAGCUUGAUCUUGUUCUCGACCAGACAAGAUAUAGAACGGCGGUCAUCGAUCCGGAUGCCUUUUUGGAAACAUACGAUGGACUGCUAGAUAUGAAGAAACUGAAAUUCGUAUCUAUUCCUUGGCCAAAAGUAAAAAACCCAAACUGUCCUUCACCCCUUCGAAAUACAUUUCGCAAGACUCUUGGGAAGUGGAUGGCAAGUGAUCAGACUGAUUCCGAUAUGAUAAUGCUCGGGAUACCGGAACUCGAAAAGUGGAUUUUGUAUUGGCGAAAAUGUCAAUUGCCUUUAGAAAGGGUCCAGUUUAAUGGGUGGAAACCGGUAGGACAGUGGCACAGCAUGCGCAAAUGGGCUACUUGUAACAUUACCAAGGACAAUAGGAUGAAUAGGGCUCAUCAGUUCAUAUGGAAGGAAUGUGACCCAGCUUAUGAGGGGUAG